CAAGCUUUAUGCUAGCGGGCUUGUGAUGCCAAUCUUACCUCAGGUUGCUGGAUAUCCGGCAUUCUCAUUCCUGCGACUACACUUCUUUGACCUUUUUGCUCCGACGCCGACAACAGCUUUACUUCUGUAGAAAUUGUUUCUUUCCGGUGGAUUGUUAAACUAUUACGUUGUAAUUAGGCUAUAGCUGCCCAGGUAAUAGACCGGACGUCGCAUCUUACGAUGGCGAACAAUCAAGAGCGCGGCGAGGCUGCUUCUUACUAUUACAAUACACAACAGCCGCCCAAUCAGUACCAGCAACCUCAAUAUGCUCAGCAGGGACCCCCAGCUCCAGGUCCGAACCCAGUGAAUGGUUAUGGUAGCGAGAAGCCCAUGUUUGAGCAAGCCUUCAAGGUUGAGCGUCCCAAGUACAAUGACAUCUGGGCCGGCAUUCUCUUCCUCAUUGUUGUCGCGGGUUAUGUUGCUGUCUCCGGGAUUUCUAUCAAUGGCUACGCUUCCGCGAAACAUUUCCAAGGCGAUGGCAUCUAUGACUCUGGGUCAAACGUCGGUCUUAAUACGAAUACGCUUAUUCUGUUUGUCUUUUGCCUUUGUGUCGCCACCGUCUUCAGUUACCUAUACGUACUGCUAGCCCGCCAAUUCCCCAAGCAGUUCAUCUGGAUAACUGGUAUUCUCAAUAUCGUCUUCGGCCUCGUGACCGCCAUAUACAUGCUUUCCCGGCACUACUACUCCGGCGGCAUCGUAUAUCUGAUGUUCGUAGCCUUCCUCAUCUUCGCCUUUAUCACUUGGAUCCCGCGUAUUCCGUUCAGCGCUCUGAUGCUCAAGACGGCUGUUGAUGUCUCCAAGAGCUACGGCCAUGUUUAUCUAGUUAGCGCAUUGGGUGGUCUUUGCGCGACUGCUCUCGCCGCAUGGUACUCUGUGACCUUCGUCGCCGUGUAUGCAAAGUUUUCGCCCGGUCAAAACCCUGCUUGCGCAGAGGGAGCCGGAGGCUGCAGCACCGCCAAGGUCACUGGCCUGCUUGUUUUCAUUACGUUUGCGAUGUACUGGAUUUCGGAGUGGCUAAAAAAUACCAUUCAUACCACCAUCUCGGGAGUUUACGGUUCUUGGUACUUUCACCCGUAUAACCUCCCCAAAGGCGCAACCCGAGGCAGUCUUAAACGUGCACUUACAUAUAGCUUCGGUUCCAUAUCCCUAGGCUCCUUACUCGUCGCUAUCCUCAAUUUUCUAAGACAGCUUUGCUCUGUUGCUCGACAGAAUGAGGCCGCUCAGGGCAACAUUCUUGGAACUAUCAUGUUCUGCAUUCUUGGAUGUAUUAUUGGGAUCCUUGACUGGGCGGUCCAGUUCCUCAAUCGCUAUGCUUUUUCUUAUAUCGCCUUGUACGGAAAGUCUUACUUCGCCUCUGCUAAGGAUACCUGGAACAUGAUUAAGCAGCGCGGUAUCGAUGCUCUUAUUAACGAAUGUCUCAUCGGUCCUGUCCUUUCGAUGGGCGCGACAUUCGUAGGCUAUGCGACCAGCUUGCUCGCUUAUCUAUAUCUUGUAUUCACGCAUCCAUCAUACAAUGCUGACGGCUCAUACACACCUGUUGUGGUGGCUUUUGCGUUCCUCAUUGGUCUGCAGAUCUGCAACGUUUUCACUACGCCGAUAAGCAGCGGUAUCGACACGAUAUUCGUGGCGACGGCGUGGGAGCCGCAAGUGUUGAUGCGGAAUCAUCCCGAGCUAUAUCAGUCGAUGGUCCAAGUCUAUCCUCAGGUCCAAGUAGCUAUUCACGCUUAAGUGGUAGGAUCGUGUAUUAAUGGUAAUGGUAAUUGUAUAGUUUUGAGAGUGGAUGGAAAUUGAGAGUUUCAUGAUGAGCUUUUGAAUUUGUAAUGUUAAUAAUGUUUUGGUUUUCGCGUUUGCAUGGCUGAAACCGCUCUUUCGGCUUAGCGUACCAACUAUAAAGAUCGGUGUUAGGGGCUUUUUAAGGGCUCCCGUUCAUAAGAAAACAGGGGAAGGGAAGACUGUAUCUUAUUAAGGUACGAUAAGUUGUUAUGCGAAUUAAUCAAGCAGUCAAGCCAAUCAAGCUUAUACCUUCGCGAGUUACUACCCAAAGUACCUAAACAAUAACAACAUUAGCGAGAUAUGGAUUUGGAGUUGGAGUACGGAUCCGUAGGUUGGUCCAGGCUACAGGCCUAGUUUAGUUAGCCAAUUGCGGCGUAGACGCAAGUACACCUAUAUGUAACCCAACAGCCCAGCCAACAUCUUGUUAGGUGUUUGGAGGUUUA